CAUAAUUUAGCAAUCUUGAUUCUUCAGGAGUUGGGUACAAGCUUCACGAUCCUCCUAUAGACAGUUUUUUGCUAAUGUCCCAAGUACCUCAAGGUUGGGUAGAGCUGCAAUCUGGAUUGUGUGCGCAGACACAAAAAAUUGGUUCAUUUGGCCUUUCUAUCACAAAGUCUUUGACCUGUUUUGGCAAUGCAUCACUGACGAUCACAGCUGUUUCCAACGACAAAGCUGGAACCUCACAGAUCAGAUAAACCACGUCAUGAACUGAUCCCUACCAGAAAACGUUUUCCAAAACAGAAGUCUUGUUGUCAACCUUUGUUGCCGACCUUUUUGACUCGUGUUUGUUUGUACUUUGCAUUUGUUUGUGCUAAUCCAAAAGUCAGAAGCUAUGGCCCCGUUGGAUGACGUGACUGUGUCUCGAGACUGCAAGAUUUCACUAGACCUGGCAGACAGCAUUGUCAGCAUCAAGUUUUUGUGGAACAUCCUCACCAAUCGUGGAGUCAUGAAUGACUGCAGACUUGAUGAGGAUGGAUGUUGCGCGCCACUUUUCUCCAAAUGAGAUUGGCAAGAACCUGUCUAAGCUGUGGACAGCUCGUGGAUGCGAGCUUGAGACAGCAUUGAGUGAGACUGGCAGUGUGUACAUAUGUCCACUGACUUCGUGUCCAGUGAGAUGUCCGAUCCUGCUCGAUGAUGGCUGCAUCUAUGAGGAGCAUGCUGCUUUGACAUGGCUUCGAUCAAUGGGGUCGCCUUCAAGCAAAUGGGCACUGAGACUUGGACCCUUGGCAGAAGCUGUUGAGGCUUUUCUCCAGCACUGCAACGCAGGGGGGUAUUGUGUGUCAGAGCAAAUGGAGCAGGCCAUGGGCGAGGCAGAGAUGCCAGGAACUCCAUGGUUGAGAAAGAUUGCGAUCCUGGAAGCCUCCAUGGAGCAAGCCGAAAAAGAGGCAGCAUCCAUCAGGCACCAUUCGCUUGAGACGCAGGCAUUGCUGCAGCGCUUGAAGAAGCAAACCGCCAAGAAAAAGGAAGAGGCUGCCUUGUGUCUUCAACGAGCAUUCCGCUCGAAGCAGUUGUGGGAGAAGCAGCAAGCUGCAGCUGUGUUCCUGCAAAGAUGGUGGCGAAACCUGAGGAGAGGAGCCAAGAAGCCAAAGAGAAGACGUGGUAAAGCACAAAAGAAAGGAUCUGUCAAGCCCGCAGAAGAGCCAGCACAAUCUUCUCCUCCGCCAGUAGAAAGUGUCCUUGAACUCAAUAAGCAGCACCAACAGUAUGCAAGGAUUGAGGAAAAAGACAAACGUGCCGUCCUUGACUUCUUCCUGGAUCAGCUCAUGUAUGAUAGCACCAACUUUCGGAUACUCAUCGUGACAAGCUCGGACGAGCGUGCUCAAGGCCUCAGGAAAGUCCUCCAGAUGUCAAAGGCAGUUCAAUAUCCAUUGGUGACAAUGCUGAAAUCGGAUGAUGAAUCACACCGGUUCAAGGAGCUGCCGGAGUGUGCUGGAAUAAUAUCUGAAGGAAGGCUCCGUGGGAAUCCUGAUGUCUCGGCAGCAAACAUGAUGGUUAAUUUUGACAUGCCUCGCAGCUUGGACGAUUAUAUAUUGCGGAUUCAGAUGGUGGAUCCUUUCGUAAAGGUGAUGAGCUUGCCGGCAAGCCCCGAAGAGAUGGGAGUUAUCCGUCAGGUUGAAGAUAAGUUUGGAGUUGUCUUCAGGAACAUGGAGGGGGUGGCCAGAUUCAAGAUCCUCCAGAACAGAAAAGCACUGAGGAACAAGCUGGCAGCAACAGGUAGCCAGCGACAGAAAAUGCUGUAGCCCAAGACUGUACAUCAGUGACACGCGGCAGGGCUUCGCUGUACAUUUUUUUGGUUCACUUUUAGGAGGAAUGCGUGGCGCUUCCAGCACAAUAUCAAAUCUC